AUGGUGUUAGCCAAUCAGAAUGGACUUUACAAUCUGUUCUCUGUUUAUAUUUUGCAGCCAUCAAGAAUCAGUAAUCCUUAUGGUGUGGCACACUCUGGUCAUGCUGCAAACGAAGAUGAGGCUUUGCAGUUGCUGAUUGACUUUGGGAUGCAUGUUCCAACCGAGCCGCAGAAAAUGUCACCUGAAACUACACUACCAAAGAAUAACAGCACCAGUGAUCUGCCAGUGAUGGACACCACCCCACAACCAGUUCAUCCAGUUCACAGUGAUGGUGACUUGGCAAGUACAGUGAUGGAUCCAAUACACGUCCAACAAAAAUCUGAUUCCCUACCACAACCAUGUAUACCGCAACCUGCACCAAGAUCCAAACCAGUGCGGUCGGCCCCACCAGUGCCUGCAAGUCGCCCAUCUCGUACUCUCCCAGAAGCAAUUGCUGUGAAUAAUGUUGAAGACAGACAGACACCACCGCCCGUGCCUGUUGGGCGACCGAACCGACCACUCACACCUGUUAAUGGGAACACUGAAAGAGGAAGUACACCCCCUCCAGCUGUACCGCAAACAAGACCAAUCAGACCACUGACUGUGGCUGUUGAGGAACUUUCUGCUAAUCCACCAGUACCACAAAGCCGACCUGGGAGGCCUUUAAGCGUAGCUGUGCAGGGAACACAGCCUCCAGUGCCAUCAUCCAGACCUAUGAAACCUAUUAGUGUAUUGCAGGAAACCACAACAGACUCACCAAGUCUGCCACCACCACCAUUGCCACAAUCCAGACCAAACCGACCUCUCACAUCGACCAGUCAAGGAACUGAAAAAUCUGAUUGGAUCAAGUUUGAUGAUAAUGAUUCCUUUAGUUCAAAUAGUGGAACUGAAUCUCCAGCCACUGUGGGUGUGUUACCACCACCAUUGCUACCCACUGUUUCCCCCACCAUGCUGACACCACAGUCUGUCAGUCCAGUAUCCACAGGGUCUCCAGCAACCCCUCCACCUUUGACAGGUAGUGCUCCCCCUCCACUCCCAUCUAGACCCAAAGUUAUGCCUGCACUCGAUUCAGCUAUAUUUCAAGGGUCUAUACCCGUCGCUCCACCAAGAUCAAAGAAAAGUCCAUCAAGUCCAUAG